AUUGCGGACACAGUACAGGGGAUGACCAGAGACUGAGGACAUAGUACAGGGGAUGACGAGAGAAUGCGGACACAGUACAGGAGAUGACCAGAGACUGCGGACAGUACAGGAGAUGACCAGAGACUGCGGACAGUACAGGGGAUGACCAAGAGACUGCGGACACAGUACCGGGGAUGACCAGAGACUGCGGACAUAGUACAGGGGAUGACCAGAGACUGCGGACAUAGUACAGGAGAUGACCAGAGACUGCAGACAACAGUACAGGGGAUGACCAGAGACUGCGGACAUAGCACAGGAGAUGACCAGAGACUGCGGACAGUACAGGAGAUGACCAGAGACUACGGACAGUACAGGAGAUGACCAGAGACUACGGACA